AUGGGCCGCUUGCUGCUGCUGCCACUGCCACUGCCACUGGCUGCAACUGGCAGGCGCGCAUCGCGAACCCCCAAGGCACGGAAGUCGCGACUAAGCGAGCGGCCAAGGACGGCGAGCGGCCAGGGGGGGAAGGCACCACCCACCACGGCCACGGCCAACGCCAACACCAACCCCAACUGCACUGAGGCCGUUCACCAGCGCCUCUCGCCUGCGAGUGCCCGCCCACACCAGCCUACUGAUCGUGCGCCCUCGACGCCCAGCGCCCUCCAUCGAUCGGUUGAAGUGCGGAGCGUUUCAGAUACAACUACACUCACUACACACCCAUUUAGCCAAAAUGCACACAGUGGCCGCACUAGUGCCCUGCUGCUGUAUCUCUGCAGCUGCGCAAGCCAGUGUGCCGACAUGAGCUAG